AGCAUGCAGCCUUCGAAACGAGACACAGCCUCUCUUACUGCAAUGCCGGAAGUGAUGACUUUAGUCUUCGUGAAUCAGCUGAUCAGGAAACUGGCGGAAUAACUGUUGACCACAAGCAGUUGAAAUCACGUUUUAACAAUGGUCCACACUUAAAGCGGAAGUUUAGAAAUAUAGCUAUGGUAUACAGCUCUUUCUAAAACGGAUUUAUUUUUGUUAUUGCUGUUUUGUUAUUGCAGUAGUCAGGAUUGAGUAGCUGCACCUGUGGAGACCUGCAACAGCAUGGAUCCCCUGGGAGCUCGUUCACAGUUUGUGGAGGUCCAGAGUCUCCCCACAUGGGACCAGCCUCAGGGAGACCAAGAUGGGGAGAAGGGUGGGGAGACCCAUUUUAGAGAGGAGGAGGAGGAGGACGGCCUGACCAAUCAUCUCAAAUUGUUAACAUCCCCUUUCCCCUUCAGACAAGACAUCAACAGCAAGAUUGUACUUUUUAUUGGGGAUGUGGCACUUUUAAACUGCACUGCGAUCGUCAAUACAAGUAACGAGACACUAACGGACAAGAACCCCAUAUCACACAGAAUUCACAGAUACGCUGGGCCUGAGCUGAGGGAUGAACUACUCAAGCUGAAAGGAUGUCGGACGGGUGACGCAAAAAUGACAGAGGGCUUUAACUUGGCUGCUCGCUUCAUUAUUCAUACGGUUGGGCCCAAAUAUAAAGCCAAGUACAGGACAGCUGCAGAGAGCUCUCUAUACAGCUGUUACAGAAACGUCAUGCAGCUGGCCAAGGAACAUGCAAUGGUGUCUGUGGGUUUCUGUGUGGUCAGCACAGUCAAAAGAGCAUAUCCACUGGAGGACGCCACACAUAUAGCAUUAAGGACUGUUCGUAGAUUUCUGGAGAACCAUGGUGAAAACAUUGAAACUGUGGUGUUUGCCGUUUCGGAUGUCGAAGAGUCUGUGUACAGAAAGUUAAUGCCGUUAUAUUACCCACGCUCAAAGAAAGAAGAGAAGGCCAGCCUGCCUCUUCUCCCUGCUGACAUUGGCAAUGACGAGGGGGAACCUGUUGUCCCAGAGAGACAGAUUCGCAUUGCUGAAAAGCCAGGAAAUCUGGAGGAUGAUUCAGGAGAUGACUCACUGGAUUCGGACCUAGGGCUUGUAGGAUGUCAUGCGUUCGCUCGUAUGGAAGGGGACGUGGAUAAGCAGCGUAAACUCAUCCUUCAGGGUCAACUGUCUGAAGCAGCCCAGCAGAAACAGCACCAAAGAAAUUAUAACCGCUGGCUGUGCAGAGCUCGAGCAGAGGACCUGUCAGACAUUGCAGCGUUAAAGGCACUAUAUCAAACUGGUGUUGAUAUGUGUGGCAGGACAGUCAUGGUGGUUGUCGGGAGGAAUAUUCCAGUUACAGUCAUUGAUAUGGAGAAGGCUUUACUGUAUUUCAUCCACGUGAUGGACCAUAUCACAGUGAAGGAGUAUGUGAUGGUGUAUUUCCACACACUCACUGGUGAGCACAACCACCUGGACACUGACUUCCUCAAGAAGAUCUAUGACAUCGUGGAUGCCAAGUUUAAGAAAAACCUGAGGGCUUUCUACUUUGUUCACCCAACGUUCCGCUCCAAGGUGUCCAUGUGGUUCUUCACGACAUUCAGUGCAUCAGGCCUUAAAGAGAAAGUGCAUCACAUAGAAAACCUCCAGCAGCUCUACACCUGUAUCCUGCCCGAACAGAUCGACAUCCCUCCCUUUGUCCUGGAGUAUGACACACGGGUUAACAGCCCCUAUUACACGGCUCAAUCCUCAGGCCUAUGAUGGUAUCAGAUAAACCCAAUACAGAGGAGUUUAAUUGACCUACCACUGUAUGCUGAACCCCUCAGAACCUGCUCUGGGCAGACACACACACCCUGAUGACCCGACUCUGAAAUGGAGCUUAGGUGGACAGAGUCAAAGUUGUGUCUCUGCCAUUCCUGGGCAGCUGAGUUUUCUCUAUGACACUGUCGAUAUGUCUUUUACAUUUUCUAUUCAAUAAUGCUGUCUAAACACAAUCUGCUGAACGUGCCAGUGAUCUAGAGCGAAACCAAAACGUCAUUAUUGGAACCACUGAUCCGACCCAAGUUUUACUGAAAAAGAUAUGUGUGUGUGUUUCUAGAUUAAGAGAUGAAUUUGAUAUAUGCAUAACAAACAUACUAAACCAAUGUUGUUGUUUUUUUUUUUCCAAUGUGAAACAUGUAACAAUGUAUUUUGUAUCUGUGUGAAUAAUGGCUGAAAUCAUUAUGGUUUCUGCUGUUUUUAAUUUCUCAUGGCCUUGUCUGUCCAAUUAUUUGCCUAUAGCCAAAUAGCCUUGGUUUUUAUCUUACAAAGUAGAGUAAAUGAUGACAAUUUCUUUUCAAACCCAUAUGACUUCCUUUCUUCUGUGGAACGCAAACUACUUUAAAUGAAGAAUUUUCAUUUUGGGGUAAACUUUCCCUUUAUGCUUUAUAUGAGGCAAUAAACAUAAAUAUCACUACAAAUUCUUGUACUUUGACAACUAGAUUUAAUUUACCCUAUUAAUAAUAUUACAUAUGAUGAUCUCGUAGUGUUUUGUUAUUUCCAUGAAUACACAGUUACAUGAUUCGGAUGCCUCACAUCAUCUGCCUCAGUUUUACCAUCCUGUAGCAAUAGAAUGUCUAAAAGCUGGAGGGUACUUUAUUUGUACGUUUUUCUGUCUGUUAAUUUUCUGGUGGGUCUUCAAAUACAGGCCAUUUCCCCUAAGGUACACUAAAAAUCUUGAAGAGUGUCAGUUUUGUAUUUUACUCUCAGUGAAGCAGAUUUGCUUGCAUGGCCAAAGGAAUCACAAAGACCGAGAGUUGUUUUCUAAGUGAAGCAUUGUAAAUAGUGUAAUUGUAGAUACAAUAAAUGCUGUCUGUUACUAUUAA